GUCAAAGAAACACGAUUACCACUCUAACUCCAGGGAUUUUGCAUUGAAAUAACUCUAUAUUCAUCUGAAGAUAGGAUAUUUACAACAAUGCUGUAACCCUACGAAGUCAGGAUGGCCGAUUUUCGUUCCAUCUUUACGCGAUGGAUGGAGAACCUCCUUGCGCUUCUGUAUGGGGGCCUUGUUACCAUGUACCUUCUAUGGGCGUGGUUUAGAGGCGCCUUUCGACAGUCGCCAACCCGGGAUGUUCCCCCGGCUUGCCUUCUGGAUCCUAACCUCGGAAUUCAUCGUUUUAUCAAACUCCAGAACCUGAAAUUACACUUUGUAGAGGCAGGGGAUCCACAAGGCCCGUUGAUGCUGAUGAUUCAUGGCGCUCCAGAUUUUUGGUUCACCUGGAGGAAGCAGAUACCUACGUUUGCUAACGAUUUCUGGGUAAUCGCAGUGGAUUUACGCGGAUGUGGCGACUCGGACACCCCCAGCCUGCGGACCAAAUAUUCUCCUUCGGUCGUCGCAGAUGAUAUUGCUCAUCUCAUACGCAUUUUAGGUCGAAAGAAUGCCCAUCUCUUGUGCGCUGGCACUGGUGGGCAGAUCGGAUGGCACCUAGCCUACCACUGCCCUGAACUCGUGUCCAAAAUGGUCUUGAUUCACUCCCCUCAUCCUUAUGUCAUCCGCCAGCAAAUCAGGGCUUCAUGGGCGAACUAUCUCAGAAUCUGGUACAUGUUCUUUCUCCGGCUGCCGGUAUUGCCCGAAAUCGCAGCCCAGGCUAAUGAUUCAGGCCUCAUUGACAAAAUAUUUCAGCCUUUAGUCAAAAACAAAUCAGUUACAGAAGAAGAAAUUGAAGCCUACAAAUUCAUAUUUUCCAGGAGAGUUCGUUAG